UUUUCCAUGCAUACAAGAACCCUGGCCCUAUGCUAUAAUGCUAACGCUUGAGCAUCAUCAUAUUCUUCUCUCUUUAAGCUUCUCUCCGUUAUAAGAGAUAACAAACACAGUUAUUUGAAGGCAUAAAUCAACACAUGACUACUAAGCCCAUUUCACUGUGAAUUGGAGGAGCAAUGACUCAACUCGACCGCAUUCAAAGAUACGCGGGUGACAUUAAUCCCAGAAGUUCUAACAGCAACUCCACAUUUGAACCCUUUUUCCCUGGAGGUGAAGUUUCAAAGUGGUCACCUACAUUUAGUAAGGACCAUGACCCUCAUGCAGAUCAAGAAGAUCCAGACCACAAUUCCCACCAUCCCAAGAAAUCGGUUCUGACCAUAGUGAAGGAGAAAGCCCAGAAAUUGAGACAAACUUUUAGCCAGAAAAAGCAUAGUCAUGAUCAUUAUGUAAGCACCACUCCCUCUUGGGGUGUCAGCUUGGAGGACAAUGAAAAUGAAGAAGAUGCAGAACACCACCUUGAAUCCCCAAAGUAUGAAUCGGAGCUGGCUCCUGACUGGUACAAGAAAACCACAAUGCAGCAUCCAAGAGCAGUUCUCUUUGUUUCUGAGAAGAAUGUUUUGGCAAGCAGUGUCAAUCUUGGUGCUCCACAAAGCGGAAAUGCUACUAAUGGCGAUCAAACAUGGAGUAAGGGUGUUUCAGUGGAGAAUUUGAUGCAUAGCCAUGAGGCUGAGGAAGAAGAGAAAGCAAUAUCCCAAGAGAGAUCUGAGGCAAUCAGUCCAAGAGGAACAACUCCUGUGGCUAUAGGUGUGGUGGGGAAGGUCAAAGAAGCUGUGAAUUCUUUGCUCAGGAACGACCAGUCGACGUCCAAAUACACGGCUCCCAUUAAUUCAGCUAAUACUUCAAUAUCAGACAUGCCGAUCUCCACCAUUAAUGCCCAUUCGGCUAAAACCUCACCAUCACAUGACCUUCCGAUCUCCACCAAUGCACAUGAAGUUGGGGAAGAAGAAAGUUAUGGGAGAAUAAUCCAAGCCAAUUGAGAGAGAUUGAAUGCACCCUAGUGAUGAUAAAGAAACAAAUUUCUGAACUGCAUGUGUUCGAGUUUUGGGUAUCAAUAUUUGUAGUUUGCACAGGUAAUUUCCAGUUUGAGUAUGUAAUGAUAUUGUCACCAAUAAACUGCAUGUUUCUGCAGCUCUAGCUGUAAGUUCAAAAAUGUUGAAAUCAAUGCAAUGAAAAAUGACCUUAGAUUGA